AUGUCCCAGUUCCUUUCCAUCGUAGGCUGGGCUUUUCUUCCAGGCAUUGCGACGUCCUGGAUACAGACCAUCUACUAUGGCCUUACGAUCCGCGCCGGCGACCCGAAGCCCGCGCCGGGCUCCCCGCGACACACCUCUCACCGCAACACGAUUCACAUCCUCGUCGUGGCGACAUACCUCCUGUACACCAUCUACGAGGCCAACUACGACCUGCGCAGCGCGCCGUCCUUUUACACGGAGCUGGGGAUCCCGGUGACGGCGGCCGACCGCGAGAUCAAGUCGCGCUUCCGGCGGCUCGCGGCGCUGCACCACCCCGACAAGGCCGGCGCGUCCAACGGCGGCGGCGACGCGGCCGCCUCGUCGGCCUUUUUCAUCCACCUCAAGACGGCGAGCGACACGCUGCAGGACGCGGCCAAGCGGUACGCGUACGAGCGCUUCGGCCCGGCCAUGCUCGCGUGGUCCAAGUGCGUCACGGUCCGGGACUUUGUGACGCACGGCGUCGUGUACACGAUCCUGCCGUACUACGCCGUCGCCGCCGCCACCAUCUACGCCUUCGGCCUCCUCGGGUACAUGGACUUUGCCAAGUUUUACCGCUGGCUGCUGCUCGUCACGCUGUGCCUGCUCGAGGUGACGGUGGCGACGCGGCCCUCGUUCCCGGCGCCGCUCGGUGCGCUCAACGCCGUGCUGGGGACGGCGUCGCGCGGCGGCGUCCCGCCGUACCUGCCGUUUGAGCUGGUGCACCUCGCGCGCAAGAUUACCCUGACCGUGUACAUUGCGCUGUCGCAGAUUGGGCCCAUCAUUACCGCGCAGCUCAACCCGCACGCGGACAAGGGCGUCGAGGACGAGGACAAGGCGCUGCAGGCGGGCCUGCUGCGGCUCGAGGGCCUCACGCGCCAGAUGGACGCCGAUGCGGCGCGCCUCAUCGACAUGGAGCUCACCCCGUUCAAGGGCGACGAGGAGAUGGCGGGCCGGAUGCGCACCAAGAUGCGCGAGUGGCUCAUCAACAACACCAUUCGCUCGGAUCCCAUGGUCAAGGAUGCGCUGGGGAACUCGUUUCAGAAGAGGCGCAUCGACGCCCCGGCGGGCGCCAAGGGAACUAGAUAG